AUGGCUUCUCCUCACUCCUUGGAGCUAAGUGACAUCAGCAGAGGACACAAUGCAGAUGGCCACGCUUGCCCGGAGCGCUCAGGUACUGUCAGAGGAUUUGAGAACCCAUCCUACGAGGAGUUUGGGGAGACCAGUUUUGGCCAGGAGUCACGGGAUGCCUUGCAGUUGAGUCCUGCAUCGGAGGUGAGGGGAUGGGGCAAAGAGAAUGGAUCUCCUCACUCUGAGGACAGUCGAGAACCUGAGCCGGCAAGCCACUCUGUAGAUUACGGUUUCAUCUGUUCCUUAGUGCUGCUGGUUAGUGGCAUCAUUCUGGUGGCCAUAGCAUAUACCAUACCACGGGAGGUGCGAGUGAGCCCCGAUUCUGUGUCUGCCCGCGAGAUGGAACGACUGGAACUCUACUAUGCACAUCUGGGCUCCAACCUAGACAAGUGCAUCAUCGCAGGUCUGGGCCUUCUCACAUUAGGGGGCACUCUUCUUUCCAUGCUACUCAUGAUCUCCAUUUGUAAGGGGGAACUUUACCGGAGGAGGAAAUUCAGCGUGGCCAGAGGGCCCAGGACAAAAUAUGGCUCACUCAACCUGAGGAUGAGACAGAUGACCACAGAAGGUGGUCAGAUGCUGGUAGAACAUGAAGUGAUGGAGAUGACUAACAAUAUUACCCACCAUGGGCACGAGCCUUAA